GAAGAGCGCUUCCUUAUCGACCGCGUCGUUGCCUCCUCGUUGGCUGCGUUUGACAUUCGUUUCACAUUGUACUCCCUUGAAUCAAAACACGAAGUUGUUGGCGCUAAUUCACUAAAAUGAGCAACAUCGAGCUCUGACGACUCGUUUUUCAUGAGGCCAGGAUAUUCUAAGCUUGCCGUUUCGGCGUUUUCCUCGUAAUAACGUCACAAGAUAUUUCGAGAAGCUCAAUCAGAGAAAAGUCAAAAUGCGUAGCCGGAGUAAUUCAGGCGUUCGCCUGGACUAUUACCAGCGGAUCGUGCACAAAAUUAUUAUGAACCACCAGAAUCCGGUGACUGGACUAUUUCCUGCUAGCGCAGACAAUGAUCACGCUUGGGUACGAGACAAUGUGUAUUGUAUCCUCGCUGUAUGGGGCUUGUCGAUGGCUUAUAAGAAAAUUGCAGAUGCCGACGAGGACAGAGCAAAGACAUACGAGCUCGAGCAGAGCUGCGUGAAGCUCAUGAGAGGCUUGUUGAUGGCCAUGAUGCAACAGAAAAAUAAUGUCGAAAGAUUUAAAUCCACUCAGAAUCCUCACGAUGCUCUGCACGCAAAGUAUAGCUCGGUGAAUGGACAGACGGUAGUAGGAGACGCCGACUGGGGACAUUUACAGAUCGAUGCCACCUCUCUCUACUUAUUGAUUUUAGCACAAAUGACUGCCUCGGGCCUUCAAAUUGUCUUCAACUUGGAUGAAGUAGCGUUCAUUCAAAACCUGGUCUUCUACAUCGAAUCGGCCUACUGCACUCCAGAUUAUGGGAUCUGGGAGAGAGGUGAUAAAACGAAUCAUGGACUUCCAGAGCUCAAUGCAAGCAGCAUUGGAAUGGCCAAGGCAGCUAUGGAAGCAAUGAACGAAUUAGACUUAUUUGGUGCCAGAGGCGGUCCUACGUCGGUGAUACAUGUCCUAGCAGAUGAGGCACAAAAGUGCCAAGCCGUGCUGCAAUCUAUGCUACCGAGGGAAUCCAACUCGAAGGAAUUGGACAGUGGACUAUUGUCUAUAAUUAGUUUCCCCGCAUUCGCCGUUGAUGAACCGAAUUUAAUUCAGCUCACACGAGAGGCUAUUAUUAAGAAAUUGAGAGGUCGAUAUGGCUGCAAACGAUUCCUGAGAGAUGGCCAUCGAACCCCAAAGGAAGACCCCAACAGAUUGUACUAUGAACCAUGGGAGCUAAGAAUGUUCGAAAACAUCGAAUGCGAGUGGCCGCUCUUUUUUUGCUACUUGGUACUCGACUAUUGCUUUCAAGGCAACAAAGAAGCAGUCGCAGAGUAUGCUUCCGAAUUAGAAAGGAUUACUAUAAAAACUGACGAUGGCAUCAGACUGGUUCCAGAAUUAUAUGCCGUGGCUUCGGAGAACGUGUCUGCGGAAUACGCAGAGCCAGGAAGUCAGGAAAGGGAGGCUCUAGGAAGAUGUCCCUUCAUGUGGGCCCAGUCACUGUACCUUUUAGGAAAAUUACUUCAGGAGGGCUUUCUAGCUGUCGGAGAGCUAGACCCAUUGAAUAGGCGUCUGUGUAGCGAAAAGAAACCCGACGUCGUCGUCCAGGUCGUCAUCCUCGCAGAGGACGUCGAGAUUCGAGAAAAAAUAGCUCAACAUGACAUCCAUGUUCAGACAAUAGCUGAAGCAGCCCCGAUAGAAGUACAACCUGCCAAAGUUCUCAGUCACUUGUACACCUAUCUAGGUCGCAACAAGAAGCUAGGCCUGUCCGGCAGGAAGUCUAGAGACGUGGGUAUCCUGAGCACGAGUAAAUUGUACUCGUUACACGAUAAAAUAUUCGCGUUCACUCCUCAGAACUUUGAUGCGGAGGAGUACUACACGACAAACGAUGCAGCCCUCCUCGUCAACAAUUUCACGACCAACUUGGCCUUCCUGACCAUCAACUGGAAGCAUAUGCUCGGCAGGCCAACUAUAACGCUCGUUGCUACUCAUAAUCAUUUAGAUCAAGGAAAGAUCCCGCUGGCCAUGAUCACGACGAUGAAGAAGCUGAAGAGCGGCUAUAUCAACGGCACCAGGGUGUCCCUGGGGAACCUGAACGACUUCUUGAGCACGUCUUGCAUCACGAAUCUGAGUUUCCUGGGGAGCGCCGAGGACGGACGUCCCGACAGAUUGAAUCCUCAGGUCCAGCAAUAUUUGGAGGAGCACUUGAUGCGAGCUUUCCCCCAUCGAACCGGGCUUUUGAACAGACCGGUGGUCCGCAGCGGAAGGAACCUGCGGAGAAGAAUGUCCGUUAAGGGGGCGAUCAAGAAGACGAGGUCCAUAGCCGUGGAACCUGAAAUUCUCGGGAUGGCUGGAGAGGAUCGGAGGCAGUCCACUGUACUGACUACAAAUCCGUUUAUCGAAGUGACAGACACUUCGUUGACGCCUAACUCGACCCAGCCAGUGUCCUCCGACAGGACCCCAUCUCCUGCGGAGGACGUGCUACCUUGGCAGCAGAGCUCGAAGCCUCUGAGGAACAGGACUACCUCGGAAACCCAGUACGCCGACACCGAGGUCGAGGAACUCCUGGCCAUGCUGAGGGAGACGGAAAGUCUGGAGGAACAGGGCGACAUUCUGCAGUACUUGUUCGACUCGCAGGGCCUGUACUUCAAUACAGGCAUGCUGGAGGAGGGCCACCCGGUGCUGGUCAAGGACCUCCUCAAGGGCCUCUACGAGAAGGCCUGCCAGCAGAAGAUGUGGGGCAUCGUUCGACACACCGCAGGGAUGCUGGGGAAAAGAGUCGAGGACCUGGCCAAGGCUGUGACGGAUCUUCUUGUCAGACAGAAACAAGUCACCGUUGGCAUGCCACCGAUCAAUGAGCACACCAUCGUGGCUCCUCUUCCGGAGAAUGAGCUUCGGUCCCUGAUUCACCAGGCCUACGGAGAUGACGAAUCCACUGCCAUGCUCACCCAAGAACUGCUGGUCUACCUGGCUAUGUUUAUCAGAACGGAGCCUCAGCUCUUCCUGGAGAUGCUGAGACUCAGGGUCGGCCUCAUCAUCCAGGUCAUGGCUACGGAGCUAUCGAGAACCUUGAUCUGCACCGGGGAAGAAGCCUCGGAGCACCUCUUGAAUCUCUCCCCCUUCGAGAUGAAGAAUCUCCUGCAUCACAUCAUGAGUGGCAAGGAGUUUGCCAUCAGCAGUGUGGGGCGUGGAAACUUCUCCGUCAUCAGCUGCAAGUCCAGCCGAGUCAGCAAGAAAUCUCAGAUAGGUGGACUGUUGAGUCCCGACCAAACGGAUGGAGUCGACUUAGAGCCCGAUCGCCAGGGUCAGUGGUUAAGAAGACGUAGAUUAGAUGGUGCUUUGAACAGAGUGCCUAGAGACUUUUAUCCCAGGGUGUGGCAUGUUCUGGAAAGGUGUCAGGGCUUGGCCAUCGAAGGGAGAAUUCUUCCGCAGAACCUAACCCAGGAGAUGACUCCUGGGGAGCUGAAAUUCGCCCUUGCUGUCGAGACCGUGCUCAACACCAUUCCACAGCCAGAGUACCGACAACUGGUUGUCGAAGCCCUAAUGGUACUAACUUUAGUCACGGAAUACAAUGUCGUAGCUUGUCUCGGAGGCUUAAUCGCAGUGGAACACCUGGUGCAUAAAGCCAAUGCAAUUUUCCUGGAGGACCAGAUGAAAGUUGGAGGUGACGCUACCCUGUGUUGUGCGAAGCCAAAGGAUCAGAGAGAAGUCACUGCGAUGGGGAAUCUACUCUGCGGUGGUGCUGCGUUCGUAUGUCAGCAUUUCUACGACAGCGCGCCUAGUGGUAGCUACGGAACGAUGACGUACAUAACAAGAGCCAUAGCUUCCUUACUAAACUGCUUGCCGAAGGAUGGCGAUUUGGAAUGUUCGAUAACAUAGGAAAGUUCAAUUAGUCAAAUGCGUGUCUUUAGUUGAAUUGCACCAAAGCUCGAUGUUGCUUGUACCUUUAGGUAAUCGCGUUGGCCAGGCACGCCUUCGGAUUAAUAUUCAAUCCUGAGGACUGUUCACUGGGCAAUUUCUUCAAAAGAGAACCCAACGGUAACGAUAUGUUGUGUAUGCAUCGUUGUACAAAGGAUUCUUAUAUCAUCGUAGGUCAGAAUAAAGGUUUCCAUAAAGGGA